AUGGCGGUAAAUAACUCAGAAUAUCCAUUUGGAUCUCCUCUAGUGCACGUUCAAAAUUGUGAAAUCCAUGGCUUACCUAUUGAUCUAAUAUGUGAGGAGUGUGUUGAAUUCAUUUGUGCUAAUUGUGCCAGACAUAAAGAUCAUGAAUGGAAAACUCUACCAACGGCAGCCACCGAAAGGAAGAGAGGUCUGCUUGAAUUUCUUAGGAAUAUCAAGGAAGAUGGUCUUCCUAACAUUGAAGAGAAGAUAGAGAAAAUGUCAAAACAGAUCGCAGAAAAUAAAGAGGUGUGUGACUCCGAGAUCAAAAAGCUUCGGAAGCAUUAUGAUAAAAUAAUGGCCAGGCUGACAGAAAUCAGAAUACAUCAUGAACAAACAUUAAGAGAAAAUUUAAUUAAAAAGAAUGGUCAGCUAAACCAUAUAAAAACUGAGUUAGAAAAAAGGAAGAGAGUAAUUGUUGACACAGUGGAAUUCAUGGAGGAGAACAACAACAACAUGUCAGAUUACAGCUUGAUUGACAACCACAGUGAACUGACUAAACUAUUAUCUGAAUUAAAUGUUCAUAUGACAAUCUGUGAACAUUCAGUGAGGUUCACUAGAGGUGAAAUCAAUGAUGACUUACUACAGUCUUUAGUCGGAAAAACUGUGGAUUCAAACAAUAUUGGUGUAACUCAGAUAAACGCAUUUCGAUACGGAGGUAAUACAAUAACUGUGUUGGAGACAUUCAAUGAAGAUCGAUGUUACAUAAGGGGCCACAAAUCAGAAUAUACAGAAAAAGUAAAUAAAGAAGGAGUAAAGGAACAUAAUUCAUUUGAUAUCAUUCCAUAUGACCUGUGUGUGACUAAUACUGGUGAUGUAUAUUAUACUAAUGCUAGAAACAAAUCUGUCUGUUUUCUUUCACCCUCAAGAUCUAUCUUUAAAAUAUUCAGUUCAGAAUCAUUGGUACCUCGAGGAAUCUGCAUAUCACGGAUCGGUGGACUACUGGUCAUUUUUACAAACAGUGAAUCCGAUCUUUGCAAUUUACAGUCACAAAGCAGAUGUUUUGUCAGACAUAUCACAUUGAUGGGUGAUUUAAUCCAUGAGUAUGAGUACAAGAAAGAUGGUCACACCAGACUGUUUACAUUUCCAGUCAGAAUCACACAGAACAGUAACAGUGAUAUCUGUGUUGUGAACCGUACAAAUAAUACUACAGGUGAACUAGUGAUUAUUUCUCCCUCUGGUCAUUUGAAGUCUGUCUUCCGCGGACAGAAUCUGACAGAGGACUUUAGACCAACAGACGUAGCGUGUGACUCCCUCUGGCACAUACUUGUUACUGACCUUUACAACAAUCGAAUCCAUCUACUAAGUCCUGACGGGGAAUUUCUGAAGUUCUUACUGACAGAGAAUGAAGUAAGCCGUCCAUCGGCACUGUCCCUAUACAAGUCAACACUGUGGGUAGGAUACCGGGAAGGAUUUGUCAAAGUGUUUCAAUACAGAACGUAA